UCUCUUUAGCCAUACUCUCUGGCAGUCACUGCUGUCGCUGUCUCUCCGCCUCUGCAACCGCCGUCAACGCUGGGCCAGCAACUAUGCGGCGAACAUCAUUCGUUUUAGUGCUCUUGCGGCGAACAGUGCAGUGAGCCGAAGGCCGAAAUCUGUCAUAGAAAGCCGACAGCAUAAAGCCGAAACCGUCCGAACGAAUUGGAAAUUUCAUUUCAUAAAUUCGCGCCUCGCAGACAAUCCGACAGAGACGCGUUCGUGCAGUCAACUUUUGUGCGUAGACGCGGAUCGGAACGUUAUCGACUGGAAUUGUUCCCCUGGAUUAAUUGUGAACAGAAAGUUUGUGGCGUGAAGUGUGAACGAAGCUAGAAAUCAAAAUACUAAAAUAACAAGAAAGCAUAAAUAAAUAAGAAAAUAAAAAAAAUUACAAAGCAAAAUAAUUGGGCUCUCUUGUGGAAAAGUGCUGAAUAUGUAGGCUGAAAACUGGGACAUUGAACGCAACGAAUUCGACUUCAAUAAUUAAUUACUCGGCAAUAAUUUGGUAUUUUGUGGGAAAUCACAAGAAUAAUAAACAAGCACAGACGAAGACGUGUGACACAGUUUCAGAACUUUUUGGACGACGCUGCCAGAAUAUAUUCCCCAAUUACUAUUAUCAUAUUACUUUCGAGUGUCGAGCAGUUAACAGAGACUACAAAAUGGUGUCGAGAACAGUCCGAAAGAAUCAACUUCUACUGCUCGCAGUGCUAUUGAUCGCCAGAUCUGCCCUGGGCUUCCCAUCAACGACGGAUGUCCACGACUUAAUGCUGAAUGAUGACUACGAUUACGAUACCGACGAGCCGAGUGCGCCCAGUCCACAGACGAAGCCAACGGGUGUUGCCAAUGCCUACCUGCCGCUAGUCAACCGGACUCUGACCAAGACGGGCAUACUGGGCGAAGAUGUUGUGCUGAAGUGUGAUGAGAACAUUACCGAGGCGAAUGUCAUACUCUGGUUCCAGGACUCCAAGAUGAUUACGAGCGACCGCAGCGUGGUGCUGCCCAACUUUAGUCUGAAUCCGAAGAACUUCGACCUGACCAUAUUGAAGGCUAGUCCGCAAAGCGCUGGCACGUACAGCUGCCAGAUCCUGCCCCAGAAUGUCUUCGUCAGCACAAAGGUCGUGCUGGGCGAUCACUCGCUGGACGUCAUCACGCCGGAGAGCUCUCGGUCCGGCCAGAACAGUUUGCAACGGCUCGCGCUCCUGUGGCUGCUGUCCGCGUGCCUGGCUCUGGCGCAUCAGCUCAAACAUUAGUUAGGUUUAGUAUUAAGCAGUGCUUCUUUAUAAACAAAAAAAAAAA